GUGGUCGCCUAAGGGUGGGACCCUCGGCGGCGGCUCCGGGAAACCCCGUGGGUCGGCGCGGCGCUCUUCCUUUCGGGUCCGCCAUCUGCGGUGGAACCGCCACCAAGAUGCAGAUUUUCGUAAAAACCCUUACAGGGAAGACUAUCACUCUCGAGGUCGAACCUUCAGAUACAAUAGAAAAUGUAAAGGCCAAGAUCCAGGAUAAGGAAGGAAUUCCUCCUGAUCAGCAAAGACUGAUUUUUGCUGGCAAGCAACUGGAAGAUGGACGUACUUUGUCUGACUACAACAUUCAAAAGGAGUCCACUCUUCAUCUUGUGUUGAGACUUCGUGGUGGUGCUAAGAAAAGGAAGAAGAAGUCUUACACCACUCCCAAGAAGAAUAAGCAUAAGAGAAAGAAGGUUAAGUUGGCUGUCCUGAAAUACUAUAAGGUGGAUGAGAAUGGCAAAAUUAGUCGCCUUCGUCGGGAGUGUCCUUCAGAUGAAUGUGGUGCUGGAGUUUUUAUGGCCAGCCACUUUGAUAGACAUUAUUGUGGCAAAUGUUGUCUAACUUACUGCUUCAAUAAACCAGAAGACAAGUAAUUGUAUAUGAGUUAAUAAAAGUCAUGAACUAACA